AUGACAUCACCAUUAUCACAAUUCACAUUCAAAAUAAUUAAAGAAUUAAGAACAAUACUAAAUGGUGUUGUAUGUAAUACAUCGAAAUUUGUCAAAAAUAUUUCAAAUAUUAAAUUGGAUCAAGACAAUCAUUUGGCAAGUCUUGACAUUCAAAAUUUAUAUACAAACAUACCAGUUAAUAAAGCAAUUGACAUUACAUUAAAGCGGGUGGAAGAAUCUAAUAAAUUAAAAACUUUAUCGUUCACUAAAACUGAUAUUAAAGACUUAUUAAAUUUAGCUUUAAAGAACAGUUAUUUUGAAUGUAAUGGUAAAUAUUAUAAACAAAAAGCAGGUUUACCUAUGGGUAAUGCAUUAUCACCAUUAUUAGUCGGCAUAUAUGUGGAUGAAUAUCAAAAAACAACAUUUAUUUGA